AUGAGGGCAUCUUAUAGUCCUUUCAAAAGUAAGUCCCAGUGGACGGUGGAAAAUCUGGCCGAACGAAUCUUUAUUUCUAGUCCACGUUUGUUUAGCUUUUCUCAUCGUGUGCUUGUGAGUCUGCGUCAUCCAUAUACUUCUGUGGUUGUUGACUUGGUGGAUUCUGAUGCCUAUCGCAAAAAAAAUCGCCUUGAGGAGCUGUUAGGUGCUUUAUUACAGUCUCGUGACGAGGAAAGAAAAUGGGUACGUGUAGCGACGAUGUUUGACACCAAAUUAACUGCAGAAGAGAUUGAUUCGUUUCGCCGAAAGAUUUCUUUGCAUCGAGAAAUAAGACUGUGUAUAGAAGCCUUGUGGGCGGAUUUGGGCGGCAUAUCUAAUGGCGCUAUUUUGGAGGACAGUUACAAGGCCUUUCACUUUAGGCUUUAUUCGUAUAUUCUUAGAAUUGAUAAUGUUAGUGUUGUAACUUCUACUUCUGCAGCUAUUGCGGAAGACUUUACUUAUGAUAAAAGAGGCAGCGUUGGAGUAGAGUUUGGUUCUUUUGCCGUUUCCAUACUUGAGCUGGCGGAUAAUUGGACUAAGACCAGAGAAGUUGAAGACUAUAUUCAUUUUUUGAGAAGUAUUCAUGAUAAUUGUAUAGUGAAAAAUCGUUCUUAUUCAUUAAAAGAGGACACUAUUCCGAGCUACAAGGCACCUGUAUUUUUUUCCAGUGGUCUUGUCUGUCGAGUUCAAGAAGGUGAUAAUGUAGUCUAUUCAAAAAAGAAGAUUUAA